GGCAUGGCGUCCGAGCGAGGGGGGCGUCCGCGAGCUGCCGGUGUUGGGUCCCGGGCCGGGGCCGGGCGGUUGGCGGCGAACCAGCGCCGAGGGCUGGGGCUGGCGGGGACGCUCGCCGCCUCUCGCUCGCAGCAGCGGCGGCACGCACGGGCGAGGGCCACGGGGAGAGGACACGCAGCUCCGCGGGUGGCACGCUCGGCCGGGCCCCGGCCCGCGCUCAACGGGCGCGAUGCUCUUCUCGCUCCGGGAGCUGGUGCAGUGGCUGGGCUUCGCCACCUUCGAGAUCUUCGUGCACCUGCUAGCCCUGUUGGUGUUCUCCGUGCUGCUGGCACUGCGUGUGGAUGGCCUGGUACCGGGCCUCUCCUGGUGGAACGUGUUCGUGCCCUUCUUCGCCGCUGACGGGCUCAGCACCUACUUCACCACCAUCGUGUCCGUCCGCCUCUUCCAGGACGGAGAGAAGCGGCUGGCGGUGCUCCGCCUUUUCUGGGUCCUCACGGUCCUGAGUCUCAAGUUCGUUUUCGAGAUGCUGUUGUGCCAGAAGCUGGCGGAGCAGACUCGGGAGCUCUGGUUCGGCCUCGUCACGUCCCCGGUCUUCAUUCUCCUGCAGCUGCUCAUGAUCCGCGCGUGUCGGGUCAACUAGCCUCUUCGAGGUGCCAGAGAGAGAGCGCUGGACGGCUAGAAUGCUGACCUCAAGCCGAGGUCCUACUUGCGCUGCACCGGAGGAGAGGUUCUUUGGUCGGAAGGCAACUCCUGCUUGCGCCGAGCUGAGUGCCCAGUGUUUCUAUUCCAAUCAUGUCUGAAAUGGUUUCUUCAGCAGGGCUUAAAAGAGCAGCCUUCAUCCUUAAAAUGUAUUUCCUUUUAUUUCAUGAGUUGAGUAGGUAAUCCUGAAUUGUCCUGAGGAGGGCCCCAGGGCAGACAGUCCUGAACUCCUCUGACACUCGGAAACUGAAUAUAAGUAAAAUGUCCAGGUGGACUCUAUUUCCUGUGGGUCCUGGGAAAGUAGUGCUGCACAAAGGCCGCAAAGCUGGACUCGGGGAUGUCCUGCAACCACAGCGCUGACCUAAGAGCUCCCUGCACCGUCCAUCCGAACCAGACUUCGGUAGAUGUGUUCUUCAGAUCUAUCAAAUGUAAACGAGCUUGUAUCUCCUCCCCUGUGCCAAGAGAGAGGUUGACUCUUUAUUUCAGUCUAGGCAGAGACAGAAGAAUGUUGAAUAA